GUCUGACGAAAGUCGCUCAAUGUAAGAGGGCGACCUCCGGUGGCAGGCGGCAUCCAUUGCACAGCGGGUGUACGGCUUGUUAAAUCUGUAAAUCUAUCAUAAAUCGUCAUUCUUUUUUCUAUUCCAAUUUUCCAUACAUUGACACAGAGCGGUUUCAUCCACGCCAGCGUCCGGUUUCAACCACGUGAUGAUUCGGAAUUCACGUGCCAUGCCACCUAGCUUAUUCGCAACUGUCAGAAUUCCCCCGACAAACCCCGUACUUCUUCUCUUUUUUUCACUUCCCGGAUCUCACCUCCAAUGGCAGACGGGUAUUCCAACAUUAAACGCCAGCGUGUGAGCAAGGCUUGCGAACAAUGCAGACGUAAAAAAGUCAAAUGUGACGGAGGUUUACCUUUAUGCAAUAAUUGUGUGACCCUCGGUCUUCAAUGCACAUACAAGGAAUCCACCAAAAAGAGAGGACCUCCCAAAGGUUAUAUUGAGGCCAUUGAAGGUCGUCUUCAUCGACUGGAAGCAUUACUGGGAAGCAUCAUUCAAGAUGACGAUCCUCGAUUCAAAGCCAUUAUUGACGAAUUAAAUUCACCUUUGGAAACCAUGUACGGAGAACUGGUGCGACCAAGACCCAUGCGACGUCCGUCGUUUGCAGGAAUUGACGGCGAGUUGGGCCCUUUCGAUGAUAGGCCCAGCACCGAGUUUCCCGAGCAUCAUCCGCAGCGGCCUAUCGAUAAAUCAAAAAUCGAUACCAGCAAUGAUCAUUUGGGCAGUCUAAGUAUCGAUGCAGGAGGCCAAGUACGAUAUUACGGCAAAUCAUCUGGAUAUUAUAUGCUGCGGUCGCGGCACCAAUUAUUACAUGAUGGUACCUUUCCGCUCAAUACCAAACGUUUACGCUCAGGAGAUACCGAAUCGCGACCGCCACCUGUGGUGGAUCCAUUUGAGAUGCCUCCCAAAGAUUUAGAAGACCAUUUACUGGAAAUCUACUUUCGUCAUUUUUACUCCCUGAUUCCACUGCUACACAAAAAGACGUUCAUGAGACGUAUUCAGACCAAAGACGAUCGACCGCCGGCGCUUUUACUCAAUGCCAUUUUUGCAAUUGCUUCUCGCAUAUCUCCCGAUAUCCGUGUACGUGCUGAUCCUAUGCAACCCGAUACGGCCGGCGAUGCCUUUUUCGAAAGAGCUCGUAUGCUCCUUGAUUUGGAAUGGGACAGUUUUCGAGUGUAUACCGUACAAGCACUUUUAUUGAUGAGCAGUCAUCAGAAUGGGGCGCUAAAGACAGUGCGAGGCUGGCUGUACAGUGGGAUGGCUUUUCGAAUGUCGCAAAAUCUUGGAUUGCAUAGAAAUUGCGAUGGCUGGCAGAUACCGGAGACUGAAAAGGAGGAAAGAAAACGAGCGUUUUACGGUUGUUUGGUGGUGGACCGGUUAUCGAGUGCGAUGCAUGGGCGCUCGCCUCUUAUUGAUGAACGUGAUUACGAUACGCCGUAUCCUGCAGAGAUCGACGAAGACGAAGUAGAAGGCGAGCCACCCAUGAUGGGCAAUUUUCAUCAGAUGAUUAAACUAUGCGAACUUCUCGGCGAGAUUCUUCGCGCAUUGUAUACGGUCAAGGGACGAAAACAACUAUCGCAAAUGACAUCCACCGACGAAAUUGUAUCAUGCUUGGAUCGCAAGUUGAACCGUUGGAUGAGUAAACUGCCCCCUUCUCUGCAAUACCAUCCUCCCAAUACGCGUCUUGCGCAACGGGCUCCUGCGCCACCGAUUCGCGUUUGCCAGUUACACAUGCUAUUCUACACGACCCUUAUUCUGCUCCAUCGACCAUUUAUUCCAGGAACAGCACAGGAAGUGACGCCUUCCGUGUUUCCAUCCUCUUCCAUCUGUACAUUUGCAGCCAACAAUAUUCUGGAUAUCGUAGAAUCCCUGCUAGCGGAAGGUCGACUUAACCACAUCAACAACUAUUCGUUGUAUUUCCUGUUCACAGCGGGUAUCAUCUUUAUUCAUAAUGCCGCUUCGCCCGACAGCAUGUUUUCCUUUGAAGCGAAAAUCAGUACCAACAAGAUCAUGAAAGCGAUGGAUGAGCUCGAAACGACGUGGAUGACUUCAGCUCGCCAUUGCAAUAUUUUGGGAGCCUUGGCAGGUUUACGGGAUAUCGAUUUGGAAAGCGUGGAUGAGAGUUUUACCAAACUGGCCGCUCAACGGUCCAAAGUACCUCCGUUCAUUGCUGUCCCCAACUCACCGAACCCAAUGUUUGAAAGCGGCGAUGAGCAGCAAGACAGCAAGGAUUUCCUAACCAUGAACAAUGGGUGUGGUCAGAAGCCUCCCAUGGAUUACUACGUUGGCACACGGCGAUCCAUAAGUAGCCAAAGCCGAUCACCAGAACAAACAAUGUAUGGGACCGGCGCCGAUGGCCUGCAGCCGCCUGGAAGCUAUAACCCUUAUUUUGUCAUGGAGUCGACCCCGGUGACCGACCGUCCGUUCAAUCCAAACGGGACAGCCUUUUGGGAUGUUCCUGUCUCUUUUGAUCUAAACGAUUGGACAAGCUACUUUAACAAUCAGAGCGAUCCGAACAAGCAGCAGACGCUUGGCUAAAAAAGGGAACAGCAAAUCAUUCAUGGAUACUCUAUACUUUGUUCCCUUUCAUUCUCUUCUUACAACUGUUAUUAUAUAUAUAUAUUUUAUGGCAUUUCUUUUUAUUUAGGUAUUUUUUUUUAUUUGUAAAUACAUAGAUCUUUGAACUAC